AUCCAAUUCAUUCCUCGCAAAAAAAAAAAAAAUUUCCUUAUAAAAAAAUCAAAAAGAAAAGAAUAAUGGCAAGAGUUCAUCUAUUGUUAUGCUUGGCCCUUCUAUUUGCAUCUGUAACCCUUUUUGACGUGGCUUCAGCUUUUCUGAAGCUAAAGCCAUCUUUGCCUCAGAUUGAAGAUCCGAAGACUGUGGGUGAUGUGGAAGAAUACACUGUUAAGGUAGUGAUGGUAUUUGUGGGGGACCUCGAGAAAGAAUGUCCUAAAACAAGCAAAUUCAAAGCGUUCUUCGACAAACUCAGAGGAUUUGCCAAGUAUGUUUGCCCACUAAAAAUAUUUGGCAAAAAAGAUGAUGCCGACAUGAAGGCCAAAGAAGCAGGCAUCCUCAAAACCAUCGCAUCUUUUGCUAUUGGAAAGAUAAAGAGGGAAAUUCAAGAGGAGAAACAGGAAGCUAUCGAAACCUUUAAGUUUAUGAAAUCCUUGGCUGGUAGAAUUUUGGGUGGCCGCAAGAAAGAAGAGAAAGCAACCACGGCACUAACAGCUGAACAGCUGAAAGAAAUCAAAGAUGGGAUCUUGAAGUGGCAGACUACGAUUGUUAAGAUCACAAACACUAUGGUAGUUAGCACCUCAACCAGCGAAAGCUCUGAAACUACCACUGGAGGCUCUGAAUCUACCACUGGAGGCUCUUCGGGUCCUAAUGCCGGAAGCUCUACUGGAAGUCCAUCAAACAAACCAGAAGCUGGUUCAAACCCUGGAGCUGGAACUCCCUCAAACAAACCAGAAGCUGGUUCAAACCCUGGAGCUGGAACUCCCUCAAACAAACCAGAAGCUGGUUCAAACCCUGGAGCUGGAACUCCCUCUGAGGAUACAGACAAUGAAUCCGAAGAUACCACGAACACUGCUUCUACUGGAACUGAAACUGGAGGCUCUACGGGUCCUAACUCCGGAAGCUCUACUGGAAGUCCAUCAAAGAAACCAGCAGCUGGUUCAAACCCUGGAGCUGGAACUCCCUCUCAGGAUACAAACAAUGAAUCCGAAGAUACCACGAACGCUGCUUCUACUUCAACUGCAACUCAAAGUACUAGCCAGACCAAGGAGGUGACAGUGACAGAAGUCGAGACUCAGACUUCCCAACAAGUUAUGACAUUCAUAAUGAACCUAGAGAAGAAGAGUCCGCAGAAGGAGGAAUACAAGCAAUUUUUCGAGAAACUAAAGAGUACCAUGACAGGAAAGGUUUCUUCUCCAAAGAAAAAAGGAGGCUUGUUCGCUAUGAUCAAAGGUGCUGUUGGAAAAAUAGGUGAUGCCAUGCAAUUUAUUCGUUCAAGACUUGCAAACAAAUCAGCAGAAGUAAAGAAGUCAAUGGAAACUUACCAAGCAGAAGUGAUAAAGAAUAUGGAAGAGCUAGAUGCAAUCUACGCUAAAAUUGUAGCCGAAAAUCAAAACAAGAAAGGAGGAGCAAUGACAUGCACACCAGAACAACAAGCACAGAUUAAGACGACAAUCACCAAGUGGGAACAAGUCACAACCCAAUUCGUUGAGGUUGCUAUUAAGAGUGAAACUUCAACAUCUACUUCUACAUCAUCCUCCACGGGAACAGCCCAGGCAAAUUGAACCGAAGCUAAGGUGUAACUUCACCAAUAUGGCAAAACUAGUAACCAAUAGCUAAUAAUUUAGAGAUUUUUAUUUUUGAUUGCAAAUAAAACAAACAUCGGUGUAGGCUAGCAAUAUAUCUAUUGACCGACCUAUGCAAAAGAAUAACUAUGUAUAAGUAUAUAUAGACUGUAAGCAUUCUAUAUGCUAACAUCCAAAAGUGAUGAUUAGUGAAAGAAAAUUUUUGUGGUAAUUUUUUCUC